AUGUCAUUUAAAAAUGAUUUAGCAAUUGCUUGGAUUGACCUAAGCUAUGGUAAAAAAGACUGGUUUAGUAAACAUUCAAAAGUUAUAUUAAACUCAUUGAACGGACGUAUCAAUUAUCAUACAUUGACGGCACUGAUGGGUCCGUCAGGUGCGGGAAAGUCGACACUAUUGAAGUGUAUUAAUAUGCGUCAAACUUCGGGUAUAACAUGCGAUUCAAAAAUAUAUGUUAAUCAAUGUACAGAUUUUAAGACUUGUUUUAUAAUGCAAUCAUCUGAUGAGCACUUGUGGUUGGGUUUGACUGUAAGAGAAUCGUUGUUAUUUGCAUCAAAAAUCAAGAACUAUAAGAUCAAGUAUUGGGAGGAAAGUUAUGAUAAUAUGAGAAUUGAUUUUAUCGAUGAAAUUAAUGUAUACCAGAGCUCUAAGUUUCGAGAUGUUGAAUGUCAAACGGAUUACUAUUUGGAUAGAGAUAAACAUAUUAUUGAUCACAAUCUAAAUGUUAACAAAAUUCUUGGGGAACUCCUAAUGGAAGACUGUGCCGACUAUGCCGACACACUUGUCUACUCGUGCAGUGGCGGCGAACAGAAACGACUGUCCAUAGGCUUGGAGUUGGUUCAGCAAAGUAAGCCUAAUCUGAUGUGUAUCGAUGAACCAACCAGUGGUUUGGACAGUAAUGCAUCGAAACUGGUAAUACAAUGUAUAAAGCAUCUAUCAGAUCGGCACCGGAUGGCAAUUGUUACAUCUAUACAUCAGCCAAACUCAUUGUUGCUCUACAUGUAUGACCAAUUGUAUGUACUGUCCAAAGGUGGUCACUGUGUGUUUACCGGACCACCCAAUCAACUAAGAAAACAUUUACUUGAUUGCGAUAUUAGCUGUCCUCAGGAUACUGUCUUUGAAAUCCGAAAACUGUUGGAUAAGACAGAGAUAUCAUCGCAAGAAAUCAUAGAAUUUUGUCGACUAAACGACAAACUUGUGCCCAAAGACAACAACAAAGUGAUAGACAAUCAAAGCGUCUAUUUUAGCUUUUAUCACAUUUAUUAUCUAUUGUUUCGAGGAUUUACUUGUUUUAUCAGACUCGACUAUAUUAUAGGUCUGGGAUUUUGUCUUAAUGUAACAAUGACCACAACAAACAGUACAUCCAUGAAACAGGUAUCACUUGAACAGGCAAUGAAAAUCAUCGAUCAAAACUCGGAUGUCGUCCAAAACUCCAAGUGUUUGUUCUUUUCAGUAGUCAUUAUCGGUUUCCUAACAAUGUCCUGUUCAGUACUAUCAUUCCCACAUGAGGUCCGGGUGUUUUUAAAUGAACACAAAAACAAAUGGUAUUCAACCGGUUCCUACUAUUGGGCCAAAUCGUUGACUGACUUACCGAUGAUCGUUACGGUUGCCAUUAUCUACUCUACUAUUAUGUAUUACGGAACGGGACAGUUAAAUGAAAUGUUCAGAUAUUAUUAUUUUACUAUAAUUAUGGUAUUAUAA